AUGAGUUUUGCUCGUAACUACGUCCCCUUAGGGCUGGCCAUCGUGUUUGGCAUCGCGAAUGGAUAUUAUGCCUUUCAGCCCGAUCUCAAAGAGCAACACCAGAAAACAGAUUUACAGUCAGAAUUGUUACCCCAGAGUGGCCGACAGGGUAGCUCUGGUUCUAGCAAUGGAGCAUCGAAGUGA